UGUUAAUCUAGUUACGCGUGUGAUAGUUUUCAUUUAUUUUUUGGUUUAUAUUUACUUUUUCAACGUAAACAGUUUAAAGUGGACAAAUAAUGGGAGUUCCGGCAUUUUUCCGUUGGUUAAGCAGAAAAUAUCCAAGUGUUAUAAUUGAAUGCACUGAAAAUAAGUCUAUCGAUACAGAAACUGGAAAGAACACUUAUGAAGAUGCUACAUUACCGAAUCCAAAUGGUGUUGAGUUUGACAACUUAUAUCUGGAUAUGAAUGGUAUAAUUCAUCCAUGCACUCAUCCAGAAGAUAAACCUCCGCCCAAAAAUGAAGAUGAAAUGAUGACAGCAAUAUUCGAUUGCAUUGAUAGAAUUUUUGGUAUUGUAAGACCUCGAAAGCUUUUAUAUAUGGCUAUUGACGGAGUUGCACCACGUGCAAAAAUGAACCAACAAAGAUCAAGACGUUUUAGAUCGGCAAAGGAAGCUGUUGAAAAACGUGCAGAAUUAUGUAAACUCCGGAAUGAACUGAUAUCAAAAGGUUAUGUCCUCCCACCGGAAAAAGAAAAAGGAGAGCAUUUCGAUUCUAAUUGUAUAACACCUGGCACACCAUUCAUGGAUAGAUUAAGUCAAUGUUUACAUUAUUAUAUACAUGAUCGUAUGAAUAAUAAUCCCGCAUGGAAAGGGAUAAAAGUUAUUCUUUCUGAUGCUAAUGUACCUGGAGAAGGAGAACAUAAGAUAAUGGAUUAUAUCAGAAAGCAGCGAGCUCAACCAGAUCAUGAUCCCAACACUCAACAUGUACUUUGUGGUGCUGAUGCAGAUCUUAUAAUGCUUGGUCUUGCAACACAUGAACCUAAUUUUACUAUAAUUAGGGAAGAGUUUUUGCCAAACAAACCGCGCCCCUGUGAUCUUUGUUUGCAAUAUGGUCAUGAUAUGGACAAAUGUGUAGGUUUAAAUUCUGCAGAUAUUUCAAACAUCAAAAAUUUUCAGCCUGAUGUUCCUGUUGGAGCAGAAGUUAAAUUUAUCUUUGUUCGAUUAAGUGUAUUACGUGAAUAUUUAAUGAAAACUCUUUUAAUGCCUAAUCUGCCUUUCAAAUAUGUAUUUGAACGAGCUCUUGAUGAUUGGGUUUUUAUGUGUUUCUUUGUUGGAAACGACUUUUUACCACAUUUACCCAGUCUUGAAAUUAGGGAGGGAGCGGUUGAUCGCUUAGUUGAACUUUAUAAAAAAUGCGUUUAUAAGACUGGAGGUUACAUAACUAAUGCAGGUCAAGUAGAUUUAUCAAGAGUACAAUUAAUUUUAACUGAUCUAGGAAACUUGGAAGAUCAAAUAUUUAAGGAUAGGCAACGGAGAGAACAACAAUUUAAAGCUAGAGAGAAGAUGAAAUCUAGGCGUGAAGACGAAUUUCAAAAUAGGAAUUUUGAAAAAUCUGUCUUUGGUCCUUCUCCAGUGGGUCCAGGAAGUUCAAAGCCACAGCUUAUAACAAACUAUAAAAGCGAAGCUGCUUCUUUAAGAAAUAGUGAAACACAAGGACAAAUUCGAAAACGGUCUGCUGUAGAUGCUCAGCUUGAUGAUGAUGAAGAUGAUGUCAAUGAUGAAGUUCGAUUAUGGGAAUUUGGUUUUAAGGAUAGAUAUUACGAAUCAAAAUUUGACGUUGCACCUGAAAAUCAUAGUUUUAGGUAUUCGGUUGCUUUGCAAUAUGUUCGUGGUUUGUGUUGGGUACUUAAAUAUUAUUAUCAGGGGUGUGCAUCCUGGAAAUGGUAUUUUCCUUAUCACUAUGCACCAUUUGCAUCGGACUUUGUAAAUAUUGUUGGACUAUCGACUAAUUUCGAAAGAGGUACCAAGCCUUUUAAUCCUUUGGAGCAGUUAAUGGGAGUAUUUCCAGCCGCAAGUAGUUCUCAUGUUCCAAAACCAUGGGCAGAUCUUAUGUCAAAUCCAGAGUCACCAAUAAUCGACUUUUAUCCCGAGGACUUCAAAAUAGAUCUUAAUGGAAAGAAAUUUGCUUGGCAAGGUGUUGCUUUAUUACCAUUCGUCGAUGAACGUCGAUUGUUUAAAGCAUUAACACCAUUUUACGAUAAACUAACAAAAGAAGAAAUUCACCGUAAUACGCAAGGUGAAUGUCGUUUGUACAUCGGAAGAUUACAGAAACAGUUUGAAGUAUUUAGACAACUAUCUAAGAUGAAAACAACAAAUGCAAAAAAAGAUAGUAAAUCAAUAGUAAUAGAUGGAGUACGUGGAUUAGUUUUUCCAGCAACAGAAAAUAUUGAUUUACAAGGAUGUUUAAGAUCCCCAAUUAUUGGUCUUCACGAUAUAAGUGAAAACCAAGUUAUUACUGUUUGUUUUAAAGAUCCAGAAUAUGAAGAAGGAUUCAUUUUUUCAGCCGAUCGUCUUCCAAAUGCAAUUGAACCUCCUACAGUUCUGGCUCCUGAAUCAAGACCACACAACUACAAUCCAGUAAUUGGAUAGUAGGUUGCUUAAAAUUGUGAUUCCGUACGAAUACUAACUAACCU